AUGAGGAUCGGAACCUUCUUGUUGUUUGAUCACAGAGUUCCCUUUCUUCCUGCUUUGGUCAUUUUGCUGAUGUGCUGUGCCUUCUUUGAAGAGACAGUUGCAUCAAAGAACCCAUACUAUGAAGCUUGCAACGAACCCUCCCCUUGCGGUAAUGUGUCUGUAAAGUACCCCUUCUGGACCCAGAGUGAUUUCUGCAAACGGAAGCUGUCAACAGGCGUAAUUGUUGCCAUCAUCAUUGCUGCCAUUAGUGUGACUGUGGUGUUAUUCCUCAUCCUCCGCUGUUUCCUACGGAAGAGACAUGGAUUCAAACAACACAAGAACGGUAAAGCAUAUGAUAUCAAAACUGCUGAAGCCACGCAAUUCGAUUUCGCUGCAAUACAAGCUGCCACAAACAAUUUCUCUGCAGACAACAAAUUAGGUAAUGGCGGGUUUGGCGUAGUAUACAAGGGCCGGUUUCAAGAUGGACAAGAUGUGGCAGUGAAGAGAUUGUUUAGGAGGUCAGCUCAAGGUACUGCAGAAUUUAAGAACGAGGUCGAGGUGGUGGCAAAACUCCAACACAGAAACCUGGUCCGGCUACUUGGGUUUUGCAUGGAAGGAGAAGAGAAGAUACUCGUCUUUGAAUAUAUGCCAAACAGGAGCCUGGACUACUUCUUAUUCGACUCAGAAAAACGUGGACUCUUGGACUGGCCGAGAAGAUAUUCUAUAGUUUCAGAAAUAGCUCAAGGGAUGCUUUAUCUUCAUGAAUAUUCCCGGCUCAGAAUAAUUCACCGGGACCUCAAGAGUGGCAACAUUCACUUGGAUGCAAAUAUGAACCCCAAGAUUUCAGAUUUUGGAAUGGCGAGGAUCGUCGGGGUUGAUCAGGCCCAAGGAACCGCAAGCAAAAUUGCAGGGACAUUGGGUUACAUGCCUCCAGAGUAUGUAAGGGCUGGUCACUUCUCAGUGAAAUCCGACGUAUAUAGUUUUGGCCUGUUGGUUUUAGAGAUUAUAUCAGGCAAGAAGAACAGAUCCUUUAGUCAUCCAGACAAUGACGAGGGUCUUCCAAGCUACGCAUGGAAACACUGGACUGAUGGGAGACCUAUGGAAGUGUUGGAUCCAAUCUUGAGGGACUCUUGCACAAGAAAUGAAGUCAUUAGAUGCAUCCACAUGAGCUUGUUGUGCGUCCAGCAAAACCCUGCUGAUCGGCCUACAAUGUCUACGAUAGAUAAUAUGCUUAAAAACUACGCAGUUACCUUGCGGGACCCUCAACCUCCUGCAUUUGGCAUCUACGGUCCCAGCAUUAUUGAGGACGAUAGUAAUGAACGGGCACCGUCCGCAAACAAAGUGACGAUCACUGAACUCGAACCUCGGUAG